GAUUAGAGUGUUUGGAGGUAUUUAUUAGCACCAGUGGCAACUUCAGCAUUGCCCAUCUCUGGUAGCAGUAAAACAGUUCAUUUGAGGAGGGAACUGAAAUCACAAGUCUGUGAACACGGAGAAAAGAAUAUGAAGGUUUUAUUCAGAGCUGGUUUUCUGUUAAUUCUUUUGGUGCACCGUGAACAGGUAACAGAAGCUGUGUCUUUGGAAACAAACAAAGAAACAGAUACUGUGAAGGCUGAGGAUGUAUGUGUAGCAGUCGAUGACUCUAAACCAUCCAAUUUUCUGUACAUUGGAAAUGGCUCCUCAGGAGCAAUCCCAGUCUUGCAGUUUAAGCUUUCUGAAAUAAUUAGUUUUAAAUCCCAGUUUGAGUUACGCACAUUCGACCCGGAGGGAAUCAUAUUUUUUGGAGAUAUAGGAGGAGAACACAACUGGUUUAUUUUGGCCCUUCGGAAACAUUAUCUGGAGAUACAGUUCCCGAAUUAUCUUUCUCAGACUGCUGUCACUGGGGGGCCAUUCAUCAGUGAUGGAGAAUGGAAGCAGAUCUCCAUUGCAAAUCUAAAUUCUACUAUAAUUGUGACGGUUAACAAAGAGGAAGUUAUUAGAAAUCAUCAACCAAUGAAAAACGAAGAUGUUGAGGGCAAAGGGGUCUUGAGGAUUGGGAUUGGGGCUAUGUUUCCAAACAGCAGUCUAAAACUCACUCUGAACCCUCCUCUGGAUGGCUGUCUCCGUAACUGGGACUGGGUCAGACAGGAGACCCCCAUUCUAAACCGGCUCAUCGAAUCUUCUGAAAGCCAAAGGUGCUGGAAGAGUGUUGUACCAGGAUCCUAUUUCCCUGGAUAUGGAGCAGCUCAGUUCGAAUCACAUUUGUUCAUUGAUAAUUUAAGCAUGAAGGAAACUGAAAACUGGAGUCUGACCGUGGAACUGUCUUUGAGACCUGUUGUUGCCAAUGGAAUUUUGUUUGCCAUUUUGGAUUUAAAAAACAACUUGUCAUUUUCUAUUGCAUUGAAUGAUACACAGCAGGCAUUCACUCUGACUUUCGCUGGCAAGGACCUGGGUUCUCUGAGAUUCCCUCCAGAGCUUUGUUCUGGUGAGUUCCAGGUUCAGCAGCUGAUCCUAGCAAACAAACAGCUAGUGUUCAAAUCACUGGAAGAUGAAGUCAUUUGGAACGUUGCUGACGACUUUGAAGCUCUGCAGGCUGUGUGGGACCAACCAGGCACCACAGUCUACCUUGGGGGAUUACCAGAUUGGGAUCCUGCUGCAGUGAACUCAUAUUAUCAUGGCUGCAUGCGAGUAAAGAUACAAGGCAAUCGUGUGGAUGUUGACACAGCAAAGAACAAAUACGGUGGCAUUCGGUCCCAUAGCUGUCCCGCUGAUCAGCAACUCGGAGUUGGAAAGUGAAAGCACUAUUUAUUACACAUUAGGACAUUAGACAUGCUGGGGAUUCAAUAUUAAACUGCAGUUGAUCCAACUAACACAGCCUUUUAGCCCUGAGAUCAUCAUUGAAUUUCCGUUAACAUCACUUACUAUUCUAAAAAUAAAAUGGGAAGAGAUGAAACCAGGUCCACUUAGUAAAAUCACAACAUACUACAUUUUCCUUUUUUGAAAUUGCUCACUUUAAUAUGAUCAUGUACACACUGCAGCUAUAGUUGCUACUUCAUACUGACACUACUAAUUUACCCAGACCACACAAGUAACUAAAUUACUGCUUAAAAAUGUACUUUGCAUGAAGAAAGUUAAGAUGCACUACUAUACAGAAUAUUUCAACUUUGAGUAGUUUACCAUCUAUAGUAACUCCUACCUCAAAAGGUAUUGGAAGAACUAUUGAAGCUUAAAAUUAUACUGUGAUGAGAUGUUUGGCUUUACUUUAAGUGAAUGCUAAAACAAAUGUUUUUUUUUAUUAUUAUUUUUCGUAAAACACAUUUUUUAGCAUGACAGACAACACUUUUGGUAAUGAUUUAUUUGAAAAGAACACUACAUUAUGGCUAUAAUACACAGUAAUGCUACACCGUUAUGUAGCCUCACUGAAGGUGUCAGGAAUACUGCACAGUGUUAACUUAUAAAGCAUUACUAAAGUGUAUUUAGAUUUAAAUUGUGUUAUCAAGCAUUUAAUUAAGCUAUGGAUAUAUAGGGUUAUAUUAUAUUUGUAUAAUAACAUAACCAACAGAAACAGAAACAUGCAUUAUAGUCCUAUACAAAAAUAGAAAUGUCCACUGGUUAUGAUAUUGGCACAAAGAUCUUCAGGAAAGCCAUUUAAAAAUGAAAACCAUUUUUGUUUGUGCACAUUUCUAACAGAUUCAAAAAUAUAUAAAAUAUAACUUCUUUAUUAUAAAUAUAUUGGAAUGUAUUCAACUUUUUUAAAUCUUAAUAUAUAAAGAAAAAAGUUUGUCUGUCUGUUCCUUUAUGCAUUCGGACCCCGCAGGAGCCAGUGCAACCAAACUUUGCAUGGCCUCCUCUUUCAUCCAGGGGAAGGUCGAGGGCUAUGUUUAGAUCCAAAAUUUUGACCCCCGGGGUACUUUAUUUAGUAACACCAUUGCUGGAUCACUACAGUAGCCAUAUAUCUCAAAUUAAAGAAACCAAAAAAAGUAAAAAAAAAUAAAUGUAAAAAUGGCAAAACCCCCCAAAAAAUUAAGUUAAAAAAGGGAAAGGGGUCCGAGCGCAUUGUGCGACACCCAAGAUCGGUAACUUAAAGCAAACCAUAAGGCUACCGUUCCCCAAUUUGUCAUGCAUGAAAUAUUGAAAUAUUGAAUUUCCCCGGGCAAUGCUGGGUACUUCAGCUAGUAUCUAAUAAAUCUGAAUUACAAAAAGGCAUUUUGUAUUUAUUGUACAUACAAACUCUUCCUUCAGAAAUGCUGCAAAUUUGAUCAGAAUUCAGUAUGUGCUGUAAUAUGUAGAACAUAAAAGAGAUUAAAGACCAGAUGGAAUUGAAAGUAA